AGACCAGGGGGCGUAGCUUAUCCAGAUCAUGCGCGCCUGGGGCCUAGAAUGAUGGGUACGGCGACUAGGAGCUUGUGACGUCAGCAGAAGGCAGAGCACAGUGCGGUGUCAGUGGAGCUGCGGUCGCGCUCUCUGGGAUCCUCACGGUGGACAACACGUCACGUGAUUUGUACUGUGGCUGCGAGGGAGGAAUGGCGGAGGCGCAGCCGUCAGGUCUAACAAAGUAUAACCCUGAGGCUGCAGACUUUGUCCCUAGAGAGCACCUAAAUCAUCACUCAAACUGGAGAAACCAGGGAAGAACUGAGAGCAAUAGAAAUUGGUCCAGAAACUGUAAUAUACCUUCCUCUCAUCAGCAUCCGCCACCAAGGGAGAGCACUCAUGACAGUCCCUCUCAGAAAGUGCACUCCUACAACAGCUCUGCCAAAAGUAACACUGCAAGAGGCCAGCAAGGAUCACCUGAACUCACAAACAAACCUGUAAAGAACCACAGCUUUCAGAAUCAAAGGUGGCAUCGGUCUAGAAGUGAGCGAUCACACAAUAGAAGGCAGCCUCUUUCUGAUACAUCAGGAAGAUCGUUUGUUGGAACCACGCCACUUGGUGACUGGCGUAUAAGAGCAAGAGAUCCCAGUGAUUUAUGCUCAUCGGAAAGUGAGAAAGAGGUUGGCAGUGCUGAUAGUCGAGGUGCCAAGCCAAAGAGACUAACCCAUGUGUCAGGGGGAUCUCUCAGAGGACCUCGUGACAAAACAAAACAUUCAUAUGACAGGGAGAAACGGGUAGCUCCAAAGCAAAAAACUGAUGAGUUAUUUGAAAACAUUCCACCUCGAGACUUUGGGAAAUCAGGGACACCUAAGGAGUACCAUUAUAAAACUAGACUUGAUCGGUGUGAUGGGGCAGCUGAGGACAAGCAGAAGCAACCCUCUUCCGGUAAUAGGUCAUCACGAGAACUCCUGGAUUGGAAAAAACCUCAUGAUGAUGUUCAGAUAUUUAAGCGGAAUGAGGCACAGAACAGCAAGUUGUCCAGAUAUGACAAAAGCCAACCAGCAACAUUUCCAUCAAAGGACAAGAAGACUGAUCGGGGUAAAGAGCCUUCUACUACUAACACAUACCAAGAGCCAAAGUCUCGUGGACAUCACUGGGCUGCCGAUGGAGACAAACCUGCAGGAAGAAAGCAUCCAUCCCAGGGCCGUGCUUCUAAGUCAUCUAUGCAGCCAGGGUUUAGUAGACAAUGGAAGAAACAUGAUCUACCAAAGAGCAAGGAAACACACACAGGGUCUUUGAUUGAGCAGCUAUCCGCAGAGAAGUACGAGUGCAUGGUGUGCUGUGAGGUGGUCCGAGUCAUGGCUCCAGUGUGGAAUUGUCAGAGCUGCUACCAUGUUUUUCACCUUAACUGCAUCAAAAAAUGGGCCAGGUCUCCUGCAUCCCAAGCUGAAGAUGGAAAUAGUGGUUGGAGAUGCCCCGCCUGUCAAAAUGUCUCCUCUCGAGCUCCGAGCAUCUACACCUGCUUUUGUGGCAAAGUCAACAACCCUGAAUGGAAUAGAAAUGAAAUCCCCCAUAGUUGUGGUGAGCUCUGUGGAAAGAAGCGCUCUGGUCUUGAUUGUCCUCAUACCUGCAACAUCCUCUGUCAUCCUGGACCUUGCCCCUCUUGUCCGGCUUUUGUGACAAAAACAUGUGAAUGUGGUAGAACCAGUCAGUCCGUUCGCUGUGGGCAGUCCUCUACUAUGCACUGUGCAAAUGUUUGUGGAAAUCCGUUGAACUGUGGGGAACACAUCUGUAAUCAGGUGUGCCAUGCUGGGAAGUGCCAGUCUUGCCAGCAAAUUAUACAUCAAGCAUGCUAUUGCGGUGGCAGCUCUCGUGAUGUGUCAUGUGGAACAGACAAGGAUAACUAUGAUGGCUUUGGAAACUUCUCCUGCCAAAAGCUGUGUGGCAAAAAAUUAAAUUGUGGAAAACAUGGGUGUACGGAGGUCUGCCAUCCACAGCCUUGCCAGCCUUGUCCGCGACUUCCCCAAAUUGUACGUUUCUGUCCCUGUGGACAAACCCCACUAAGUAAAUUACUGGAGUUGGGUUGUGUGGACAGGAAAACCUGCACUGAUCCAAUACCAUCUUGUGGGAAGACCUGUGGAAAACCUCUGCCUUGUGGUUCUCAUGAUUUUAUUCAUACCUGUGAGAAUCUUUGUCAUGAAGGAGAAUGCGGCCCUUGCUCUCGUACAUCUAAUAUAUCCUGCCGAUGUGGCUUUAAAACAAAGGAAGUUCCAUGUGCACUGAUACAGAAUGAAGAAGAUCUCACAUUUAUUUGUGACAAACGUUGUAACAAGAAACGUCAGUGCGGGAGACAUAAAUGCAGUGAAAUUUGCUGUGUGGACAAAGAACACAAGUGCUCCUUAAUCUGUGGUCAUAAACUUAACUGUGGCCUUCACAGAUGUGAUGAACCAUGCCAUCGUGGGAACUGUCAAAACUGUUGGCAAACAAGCUUUGAUGAGCUUACCUGCUAUUGUGGAGAGUCUGUUAUUUACCCUCCAGUACCGUGUGGCACCAGGCCUCCAGAGUGUAAAAGCUCUUGCACGAGGCAGCACGAGUGUGAGCAUCCAGUUUUUCAUUCAUGUCACAGUGAGGACAAAUGUCCCCCAUGUACAUAUCUCACUCAGAAGUGGUGUAUGGGAAAACACGAGCUUAGGAACAAUAUUCCCUGCCAUCUCACUGAUAUUUCAUGUGGCCUGCGAUGCAACCAGCUGUUAAAAUGUGCAAUUCACAAAUGCAAAAGAAUCUGCCACAAAGGAGAGUGCCUCAUAGAUGAAGAUUGUAAACAGCCUUGUACGCUUCCAAGACCGGACUGUGGUCACCCAUGUUUGGCUACUUGCCACCCCUCACAGCCCUGCACCCCUUCUUCUUGCAGUGCAAUGGUAGAUCUCCAGUGUGAAUGUGGACGAAGGAAAGAAAGCGUGAUGUGCUCAGCCGCUUCCUCUGCUUUUCAAAGAAUAGCUGCUAUAUCUAUGGCCACAAAGCUGACAGAAAUGCAACUAGGGGACUCAGUGGAUAUUGGAAGAUUUGUUACCAAAAAAGAGAUUAAGCAGACAAGACUGCAGUGUGAUGAAGAAUGCUUGGCUUUAGAAAGAAACAGACGUUUGGCGGAGGCUUUGAACAUUACUGAGAAUUCAGAUCCUUUUAACACUCGUUCUGGAUUCAAGUUCAGUGACAGCUUGAAAGAUGAUGCAAGAAAAGACUUAAAGUUUGUCUCUGAAAUUGAGCGAGAAGUAAAAGCUCUGGUGGAUGCAGUCAAUAAGGGAAAACAAACAAAAAAAAGCCAUUGUUUUCCACCAAUGAACAGAGACCAUCGAAAAAUUAUCCACGACCUUGCUGAAGUAUACGGUGUAGAGAGCGUGAGCUAUGACAAUGAGCCUAAACGCAAUGUUGUUAUCACUGCUGUAAAAGGCAAAUCUAUGUGCCCAAAUGUUACCCUAAUGUCUGUAAUUGAAAGAGAAAUCCAGGCAAGACCCCCUCCUCCCAUUGCACACUACAGACAUCCAACUGAAAGAAAUGGUGGAAACAGUGGCCCGCAGAAGACCAUGCGUGAAGAACCCAUAAUAGACUACUUUGAUGUUCAAGACUAGUGACACCUGCAGUACCUGAGAAUACAUGAAGGGGUUUGUGGACUUCUGUGGCUACUAAAUAGUGAAUUCAUCAGUCACACAUUUUUAGUAGUCAUAGGUAUGGUACACACUCAUGAAGCACUGCUGAUACCUGCACAAAACAUCACGAUUUCUGGUCCAGAAUAAACAAUCACAAUAAAACUGCAGAUUAUUAUCCAUCUCAUAAAUAAGCUGAACGAACCAUUUAAGCAAUGCAAUAUGUGCAGUCAUGGUGCCUGAUUGAAUUCGUUCUUGGUCAAUGAGUUUUAGAUUGUGAGAGUGGGAUUGAGAGAUGUUGCUUCCCUGACAAAUAGAAUUUUACUUCAGGUGGUAUGAUGAUACCUACCCUGUUAUGUGAACAUGCAGCUCUUCUGUAUCGCCACAAAACUCAACUAAAUGGCCAAUUGGAAAUUAUUUUUCUAUGGUUCCACAUACAGUGAUACAUAUUUGAAAAUUUGUGAAUGAAAUCAGCACAAAGGUUUCAAACAAUUCUAUUUGUGUUAUUGAAAAACAUUAAGGCAGCUGAGAGAUCAUGUCCCUGAUGAAUGCUGUGCUUGUUGUGUACUUAUCUGCUGCUUUUUCUCCAAUAGACUUCGUUCAUUUAGUUCUGAUAUUACGGAUACAUUGACUAAGGAUUAUAGUAUGUUACCAGAGAACAGUCACCUGUAUAAGGCUUUUCCAUAUCUCUUUAAAGUGUUCCUUUGACGGUACUCUUCCUCCCAAACUUUAGAUCAGGUAUGAAGAAAUGUAUCCUACACUGGGGGGGGGGAGGGGGUCAGGUUGCUGAGGCAACCAUAACACCCAGCGAGGUUUUUUGCCAGUUUUAUAUUAGAAAAGGAGAGUUGUUUUGGCAAUCUGACCGCACAGCUUCGAGUUGUCUUCCCACACCUCAUAUGAAGAUUGAAUUGGAGAGUACCGUCGGAGGGACACUUUAAAUAUGUCUGAAGUCAUAUAAGAAAAGACACCUGCAUCUGUUGUUCUUAGCAGUGACUGGCUGCUGUCUGAAUCGAAAUAAAGGACAUAAGAAUAUCCUUAUUUAAAAUGUUAUGCAGUAUAUCAUUUUUUUAACAAUCUGAUAUGUUCCCUUUAAAAUUUUUAAAGACCGAAUCAAAAUGGGACCCAUGCGGCACUUGCCAUCUUAUUACAGAGACAUGUCAGAUAGUUAAUAAUAUUUAAAAGAAUAAUUUAUUCCUCACAACUUAAGAAGAAUGAUGUGCUCCUUCCUGGUGGCGAGAAAUGCCUGUGCUCUGAAGGUCAUUGCUGUAGAUUGUCUUUCCUCUUGGAUGAAUGUUGGUGACAUUUUGCCUAUGUGAUUGUUGGUGUCAGUCAUGACCUUUAAUAGCAGUAUGUAGAAACAUUUAUACUGCAAAUGAUAUGACAGUCCCAACACCUCGUCAUCAAUACACUAGUGCAGAAGAUGGGAUACAUAUAUUUUCUGUAUCUACCAAAAUAUGCACAUUCUUUAACACCUGCAAAAUAAAGUAUCCAAUAUACCAUUGGUCAUACACAAAAUGUAUGUUUGUAUGAUCAGUGCUAUUUAUGUUACAUUGGAUACUCGAUUUUGAAGGUGAGAAAAAAUAUUCAGCUUUUGGUACAUAUAAUCGAGAAUUCCAGAGUCUAAGUACAUAAAAUAUAAGGGUCUAUCUGUAAUCCAUCUUAUCAACCUAUUUCAGGCUAGGGAGACUGUUAGGAAAUCCUAGAAAGUGCUUUUCCCCAUAAGCUUUACCAUACAUGUUUUGAGCUGUGACAACUUCCAGUGGCACAGUGAUAUUUGUAGCUACACAUUUACUGUAUUUGUGUAUAAUUUGUUUCUAUGUUCCACCACCAAAUCAGCCAGAAACUAUUUUACUUACCAUUUAACGGCUCAUAUCUAAAGUAGUUAGUCUACAGAAAGAUUUGGAAAAUGUUAUAAAUUCCCUUCUUUCCUAUGCCAUGUAAAUCGACAGGUCAGUGAUCCCAAAAGAAAGCAGUUAGUAUGGGCAUCAGGUGCUUGACGUUUAUAUGUUACUGUUACAGAGCAUGUACUGUGCAUAACCCCAAGCAUACAAUCAUUUCAACUGACCCCCUAUUUUUGACUGUUCUACCCCAGCUUUAUAUACUUUUGCACCCUCACUAAAAGGAAAAACCAUUCUGUACAUGUAGAAGUAUCACCCAUGUACAAAGGCUGCAUCUAAAGCGAAUAUGGGAUUAGUUCUUAAAGCUAUAAUGACAUCCUACUUUACACCACAUACACACGUCAUCUUUAUUCACAGAAAAAGUAAAUAAUACAAUUGGGGUUAAAUAUUCAGUUAACAAACUGCCCUAGUUAUACCCGUCUUACACUGUGUGACUAAAAUGGAAAUACCCAAACUCCUACAGAUGUAGGUGGUAGUUACAGAAACAGCAUAACAGCCACCUCUGUCCACCAUAUUCAGACCAGAGGGCCCCAUUCUAGAAAUAGUUGUGGUUACCAGAGGUGGGACCUGGAUCUGUCAGACACUUAUGACCAUAUCCUGCCCCAUAAAUGUCUGAGGUGAGCUGCUGUUUUAAAUCAGAACGUUAAAAAAGAUUUUUUUUUUCUGUUUCUUUUUUCUAUGAAUGAGACCAAUUAAAAUAAUUAUAAUUUUAAAUUAUAAGAAAGCUUCUUGUGUCACAACAAAGAAAAAACUAAAGGGCCCUUUACACAGGGCGAUUAUCUGCUUAAUGGGACAACUAUUGCCUUCUUGGAAAGACCCAUCGUUCAUUGGAAAAUUACUGGGAUCCUGCGGGCCUAAAAAUAAUCACUAGUCAGUCGAACAAUCAUGAAAUGGUUAAUAUAGAUAGAUAAUUUAGAUUUUUUUAUAAAUUUUUUUACAUCCUGCAUUAUAGAACAAAGUUGCAUUUAUGUUUGAACUAGUUGCUAUUGGAAACAGAUCGCUGUAAUGCUGUGGGACUGUUACCCAUUUCUCCAUACUAGUGGUAAACCCUUAAGAACUGGGGGCAUACAUGUAAAGUUGCAGCAUCUAAAAUGUUAAAAUGCUAAUCCCGGCCAAGGCAGGCUGGAGCUUCAAUAACACUGAUCAAUGCUGUGCUAUGGCAUAUCAUUGAACGGUGAAUGCAAUCUAAGGAUUGCAUAUAAUAGUCCCAAAUGGAACUAGGUAAAAAAAAAAAAAAAAAACUUCCCUAAUAAAAGUUUGAAUCACCCCACACUUCCCAUUUAACCCCUUAACGACCAAGGACGUAAAUUUACGUCCUGGUGCUGCGGUACUUAGAUCACCAGGACGUACAUUUACAUCCUGUACAUGACCGCGAGCAUUGGGGGUGAUGCUUGGGUCAUACGUGGCAGGUCCCGGCUGCUGAUAGCAGCCAGGGACUCACCAGUAAUGGCCGACAUCCGCGAUCGCGUUGAUGUCUGCCAUUAACCCCUCAGAUGCCGUGAUCAAUACAGAUCACGGCAUCUGCAAGAGUGCAGUCAGAAAUAUGGAUGAUCGGAUGGCCCGCAGCUCUGGUGCAGCGAUCUGAUCAUCCAGAACGGCGCACGGAGGUCCCCUCACCUGCCUCCGCUGCCUUCCACGGCGAAUAGCACUAAACAGUAUUAGCAAUCAAAGGAUUGCUAUAAAUAGUCCCCUAUGGAGACUAUUAAAGUGUAAAAAUAAAAAUUCCCAUUUUACCCUAUAAAGUGUAAAAAAAAAAAAAAUGAAUACACAUAUUUGGUAUCACCGCGUGCGUAAAUGUCUGAAUUAUUAAAAUAUAAUGUUAUUCAUCCCGUACGGUGAACUUCGUGAACGUAAAAAAUAAAAUUGCUAAAUUGCUGCUUUUUUUAAUCACAUUUUAUAAAAAAAAAAUUUAUAAUAAAAUGAAAAGUUUUAUAUACACAAAUGUGGUAUCAAUAAAAAGUACAGAUCUUGGCGCAAAAAAAUUAGCCCUCAUACCGCCGCUUAUACAGAAAAAUGAAAGAGUUAUAGGUUGUCAAAUAGAAGGAUUUUAAACAUAUUAAUUUGGUAAAAAAGUUUGCGAUUUUUUUUUUCUAACAAUAAUAGAAAAGCAUAUAACAUUGGUAUCAUUUUAAUCGUAUUGACCCACAGAAUAAAAAACAUGUAAUUUGUACCGUAAAUUGUACAGCGUUAAAACGAAACAUUCUAAAAUUUGCUAAAUUUGUGGUUUUCUGUUUAAUUUCCUCACACAAAUAGUAUUUUUUUGGUUGCGCCAUACAUUUUAUGGUAAAAUGAGUGAUGUCAUUACGUAGGACAACUGGUCACGCAAAAAAACAAGCCCUCAUACUAGUCAGUGGAUGAAAAUAUAAAAAAAAUUAUGAUUUUUAGAAGACGAGGAAAAAACUAAAAUGCAAAAAUAAAUUUGGCCUGGUCCUUAAGGGGUUAAAAAAGAGAAAUUAUGUAAGCAAAAAUAAACAUGUUGUAUCUCCACUUUCGUAAAUGUCCAAACUAUAAAAAUAUGUUAAUUAAACCUCAUGGUCAACGGUGUAUACGUAAAAAAAUAUCAAAGUCCAGAACGGAGUAUUUUGGUUCACUUUGUAUACCCUUCAAAUAUUUCUAAAAAGCAAUCAAAUAGUCCCUUAAAACUACAAAUCACAGGGCAAAAAAUAAGCCUUCACAUAUCCCCGUGUACGAAAGAAUUACGUUAUAGGGGUCAGAAGAGGACAAUUUUAAACAUGCUUAUUUUUGUACCAAAUUUUUUUUAAAAGAAGUAAAACCUGUAUAAUUUUGGUGUCGUAACCGUAUGGACCUACAGAAUAAAGAAAAUGUGUUCUUUUUACUGAAAAGUGCCCUGAAUUAAGGUGAAGCUUCCAAAUGUAACAAAAUCUAAAUUACAUAUUCUUUUGGUUGUUUUUUUUUUUAUUUUCCCCCCAUAAAAAUAUUAAAAAAAAGAUUUUGUGGUGAAAUGAUUGAUGUCAUUACAAGAUAAAAUUGGUGGCACAAAAAACGAGCCCUCAUAUAUGUCUGUAAAUAGAAAAUGUAUGAUUUUUAGAAGGUGAAUCCUGAAGGGGUUAAUAUUACAACUCCUUUUGAUGACAACUGACAGAACUUUCAGCGACUUGUCCUGGUUGCCUGUAAUGUAGUGUUCUCAUCUAUUGGCAGGGGAGGGGACAGUGCCUGCAUUUACAUUUAGGUUGGUUUUGGGAGGGUUAAAUCGUAAGUGUAGACUAAAUGGCACAUCUAUAGACCCUUUGUCUGAUGGUGUAGAUAAUACAUAAGCAUGCGAGGUGCUCCAAGACACUAUUCAUGUUUUAUUUCACAUUAUUAACCCGUUACAUGCCAACCUAUCUGUUCCAUAGUUCUUAUACCCAGCUCUUUGUUGUAGAGCCCUUCUGCUGAAGAAAAACUCAUCUGAAAUGUGAUAAUUGAUGCUUUCUGUGCCUGUGCAUUUCCGUCUGAAGCGGUCCUCACACUAAGCUGGAGAAGGGAGGAAAGGUGAACGUUUCCCUGUUCCUAUUGGCUGGCUUUCAGUUUGGUUGUUAGGACGACAGCCAGUAGUGGUCGGGAUGUGCUUGUUGUCCCCGGUAACACAAGAUUUCAGUGCAAAAAAAUGACUUUAUAAAAUGGUCUUUUAUGUCUAUCUUACCUGGUAUAGAGAAUAGAAAGGAACAUGGCGUCACCAAGGGCUGCAGCUUUAGAACAAGCCUUUAUUCCCCAAAUGCUUCAGAAUACAUUUUCCUACUAAUGAUGAAGAAAUGAUGUUUUCCUUAACCCUUAGGCUAUGUUGAUACAUUGUAAAAUAAGAUGAAUACAGCCAUAAAAGUGAGUAUAAAAAGCUAGUAUUUGGGGGGAAAAGAAGCAGUCAGUGCAUAUAUUGUUUAAAAAUACGGCCAUAAUUACAAUGUUGGAACUCCGGUCUGUAAUAGAGCACAUUAUUAAAGCUACUUAAAAAAAUUAAAACGUGUAAGUGAUGGAUCAUAUUUGCCAUAAAAGGGGUUGUCCAGCUAAAGAAACAACCUGUUUUUGGUGUUAAGUAUAAUAAAGCUACUUACUAAAAUAUUAUUAGCCAUAGUGCAGAGAUCUCUACAUAUCAGCCACCUGGCCGGUAUUUUACCAGCACAGCCGGUAUUUUGGCCUCCCUGAUGGUAUUUUUAUAUUAAAAAUACCUGCAAUGCAAUGGCUGGUAUUUAUCCAACCAAUCCUCCAAAUCCCGGAAUGUUGUUGCACCAGUAUACCAGUAUUUCCCAACUAGAGUGACUCCAGCUGUUG